CAAACAGCAAGGAGAUUUAAUAUGGCCGACUUUGUUCGAAAUAACAAUACAGAUUCCACAUUUUAUUGAUUUAAAGUUGUCCAUUAAACUUAAAGAUGGGUUUAACCAAGGAGGAAGCGUACGAAUUUCUGGAAUUACCAGCUGGUGUGGACCAGGACUCAAUACGGACCAGCUACAAGAGACUGGCCCUCAAGUGGCACCCGGACAAACACAGCGGCUCUCAAGAUGCCCUCACAAAAUUCAAGUUGAUCAGCAAAAGUUACAAGAGACUGACAACUGGUGAAAACACAGACAACAUGACCUUGGACAACAUGUUGGCCCAGUUUGAGGAAGUGUUCAUGACUCGUCAUGUCAAUUCCUUCAACGGCUCAGGCUACGAUUCAUCAGACGAUGACGAUGAUGACGACGAUGAUUUAGAUGAGGAUACACACUACUCGAAUCUCUUUCCGGAUAAAAUCAAGCUGAAACAAGAUCAAAAGAAAGCCAGGGUUGGAAUGGAUGUCACUGACAAAUUGCUUUCAGCAGAGGACAGAAGAAAAAACGCAGAAGAGCUUAUCACAGAAGAAGAGAAGGAGAAGCGAAAAGCCGAGAAAAGAAGGGCAAAGAAAAAGAGACGGCGAGAGAAGAAGAAACAAGAGAAGCAGGACACAGAUCAGGUAGAAGGGAUUGAUGACAAAAAGCCAGGAAAACCGAAAACUAAAGACUUAAAUCCGACUUCUGACAAGUCUAAAAAGAUGGACCACAGGGGAGAUGCAUCCACUUCCUCAGAUGAAACGAGCUUUGACCCGAACUCAGCAUUCUUUACUAAGGUGGUCAACAAGAGCAAGAAAUCACCCAUAGUCGAACCUCACGCCGGUAGAAAGAAGGACAAAAGUGAUGAGGAAUCUGAGGAAUUGGAUCCAAAGACUUUACGCUCAAGACAGUUAGCAAUAAAAGGUAACGAGAUGGCUCAUCAUGAACAUUACACAGCUGCAAUAGAACUAUUCAGUGAAGCAAUACGCUUAGACCCAAAAGAUUUUAGAUUCUUUGGUAACAGAUCUUUCUGCUAUGACAAAGUUCAACAAUACGAAAAAGCAUUAAAAGAUGCGGAAAAAGCAAUAUCUUUAGCAAAAGAUUGGCCGAAAGGAUAUUUUAGACAAGGCCGAGCAUUAGCUGGUUUAAAAAUGUUUCCUGAUGCUGAACAGGCCUUUACACAAGUUUUAAAACUCGAUAAAAAUUGUGAGGACGCUGUCAAAGAGUUGUUAGAAGUCCGGUCACAUCAAAUUAUGGAGAUGGGUUUUACCCGGCCCCAAGCUGAGGCUGCUAUAAAAAGAUACGGCACAGUCCAACAAGCUUUGGACUCAUUAUUAGCUGGCGUCGGUAAGGCAAAAGCGGAGAAUGCGCUUGCCCUUGACCGGGAAGUUUAUGUGUCCGAUGAUGAUGAAUCUUUUACUCCUGCGGGACUGGGAAAUUCUCGGACCCAACUCUCAGACACAAAAAUGGACCCUAAAAACCCAGAAGGUCUUACUGCCUUGUGGGUGGGAAAUGUUUUACCUGAUGUGGGAGAUAAAAAACUUCUUCAGUUAUUUUCAAGAUAUGGCCAUGUAAAAAGUGUACGUUGUUUACCUGAAAAAUAUUGUGCAUUUGUAAAUUUUAUGACGAAAGAAGCAGCAGGGAAAGCUAUGGUUGGUUUACAGGGAGUAGAGUGCGGAGGUCAAAGACUGUUAAUCAAAUUCCCAGAUAAUCCUAUCACAACUAAUGGAAACGACCAACAUGGAACCAUCACUAUACGAAAAAAUACCAGCAGUGCUCAUAAAAGCAAUGGUACAGUCACCAUAGGAACAGCCUUGAAAACAACCAGUCAGCAGUCCAAGGUGUCCGGUCCAGUUAACGGGAAUGAGUGUUACUUUUGGCGAACAACCGGUUGUACUUAUGGUGAUAAGUGUAGAAACUCCCAUAUACCAGCACAUAGAGGAAUUGACAAGAAGCCCUGGCAAAAGGACCAAUAAGUUUGACCUUGAAAUCUGUGACCUUGAAAAAAAGUUUGACCUUAAAAAUGUGACCUUGAAAAAUGCGACCUUGACAAGGCAAGCAUGAUUGAUAUUUUGCUUAUUUAACCAUUGGUGAUCAUCAGAUCAAUAUUAUCAAUAUGUUUUAUAUUAGAUGAGGUUGUUUGUUGUUUGUGAUUGCACAGAACAUCUGGAACCUCUUUAGAGCAAGUUUAAUAUUUCAGUUGUACUGGCCCUAAUGAGAGUGGUAAUUAGAGCCUCGAUAAGGGAAAACUGAUGGGCUUUUUGCAUGUUCCUAAGGUGUUGUCCCAUAUUUAGCCUGUGAAGUCUGCACAGGCUAGUCAGGGACAACACUUUCUAUUUUUCUGUAAACUAAGUCUCUUUUUUAAUAAAAAAAGCCAGUUUAAGCCAAGUGUCAUCUUGCAUUAGACUGUGCAGACUGCACAGGUUUAUCUUUAAGAUACUUUAAGCACAUUGAUUAAGCCCUUAACAAGGCUCCUGUAGUUGGCUCUGUCAUAGUUUUAAAGUUGCAUUCUUAAAUCAUCUUAUCUCAAUUGGUCUGGUUUAGUUGUAAGUUUUAAAGUUGAAUUGCUUACAUUUAUAUCAAUAUCGCAAUAAGUAUGGUUAUUUUUUACGUUUGAAUGAUAACAAUUCCUGAUGUGUGUAGCACAAUUCUGCCAACUUCAUUAUGGUUUAAAUGAUAAUUAUCUGAUGUAAUUUUUUCUUUAUGUUUGAUACAAUGCAAAACAAAGUGAUUAUCAAAGCUUUACACGUUUUUAUGUAAAUUUGAUUUGAUUUCAGUGUUAUUGAAAAAGCAAAAAAUACAUUUUUAUCCUGUAACACUGUUUAAAUAUUAAAAAUAAGAUUGUUGAAAUAUGAUGUUCAAAUAUGAAUGCGAACAUAGCAUUAUUGUUGCAAAUUGUAUGUAAACAUUGCUUCAUCGUUCUCAUUCACAAUUCAUUAAUUAAAAUUUUAAUAGAAUAUAUAAUAAUUAGGGAUGCAACAGGUUACAAAAAUCAUUAACCGGUUAACCUUUUGCAGUAACCGGUUAGUAACGUGUUAGCCGAAACACCUUAAGUAGUUAAAAUGUUAAAUAAUACAUAAACAAUGUCAUACCGCUUGUACCUGUACUCUCUAUAGAAAUGAAAGUAAUUUGAGAUCGCCUGCUUUGAUAGCAUUUCUGUUUCUUAUUAAAAUGUAUUGUAACAUUUAUUUUUAUAAUUUUGUAAAUGUUUGCAAUACAUUGUAUUUAUUUUUCCUUCGUAAAAGAAUAUGAGUAAAAAAUUACACAAUGUUAAUUUUCAUGUGUCAUAAGCUUAUUUUGGGUUGGGUCACGUUCACGCCUUAUCACUCACAAAUGUUGUAUUUCUUAGUUUAUUCUGUUUUAAUUGUAUGAUUAAUGUUUAUUUAUUAAAUUUCUUUAAUUAUUUACUUUCUUUAAUAAAAUUUGCAUCAGAAUGUAGUGGUGGCAUCGUGGAUGACGUAAAUUUUAUGAUUUUAAUUUCUGAUAGAACAAAUAAGACGUUAACUCAACAGGAUUUUAACUACGAAUGCAAUUCUUGAUAAAACUGUUACUUAUAAAUUCUUAUAAAUUCUUCAUUUUCUUGGGCAAUCAGUGUUGGAUAUUGUUAAACAAAUCAUAAAAACAAUCCAUCCAAUGUCUCAACUGAAUUUUAUCGCAAGUUUGAUAAACGUGUCUUUUGCGUCUUCGCUAAUAGCCCCUCUCCCCGCAGUUCGUUAGUUUAAUGUUUGCGAGUGAAACGAAACAGCAGUGCCAAUUAUCAAAAUGUACCCCCUGUUUGUUACCACAAAGGUACUAAUUUAUUGCUUUAUUGCCUUGUUUUUCGACCCGUUAUUUACUACCGUUGAUGGUACAGCAUGUUGUUCUUACUAGUAGCCAGCACAAAUUGGCAGUAUGUCGUGCGCAAAACGUAAAAUUGUACGAUUUUGUAUUUUGAAAAAGAAAAAAAAAGUAUUCCAAGAAAAAAAACAUACUAAAAUAUUUUGUUUAAGGUUAACCUUUUUCCGAAAAUGUAACUGGUUAACUGGUCGUUUUGGUUAACCCGUUAACCUCUUGCAUCCCUAAUUAUAAUUGUUGAUUUAUAACUGCUAAUCAUAUUGGGGCCAGAUAAGUGAGUGAUAAAUAGUAUCUUGUGUAUAAAUGUACGAAAUUGUCAUGGAUUGGCUGACAGCAAUAAAUUGUUUGUUUCUCUUCCUGCGACCAAGGCAAAUAAAGGAUGUAUUUACUUUUUGCGAAUUUUAAUAUAUGUGUUUUGUUAUAUUUGUUUUCAUUUUCCAAAGUCAUGUUUUUUGUUUGUUGCCAGUAAAUAAAAUGCCAGUGUUUUUUGGGUACAAGUAUGUAACUGGCUACUUUAAAAAAAAAACAUUACCAAAGAAUAUAACAAAACAAAUUGACCAGUGACCAUGAUUGUUUAUUGUGUCGAUUUUAUACAUGUGUGCGUAAUUACAUGCUAAAGGUACAUCAAUUAACAAAUAAAAUAGACAACCAGUAAGUGUUUUUAUAUUGUUAAUGGGUUGUGGAGAUUUUGUCUCUGUAAUGGGGGAUGAAACAAACAGUAUAUUAUUUAAGGCCUUUGUGUAAUCAUUUGUGUUGUCUCAUUCAAUACAAAAUUAUGCAAUCAUUACUAUAAGGUGAUAUAUGUGGACUGUUUUUGACAGGAAAUAUUUUUGAUACAAAAAAUAUAUUAAUGAAUAAACAUCAUAUGUUUUUAAGUGUAAGAGUUAGGCAAUGCUUUGGUUUUCAAAUGUCUUUUUAUGCCCCAGGUAGGGUGGCAUAUAGCAGUUGAACUGUCAUUCCGUCUGUGCGUCCGUCCGAAAACUUUAACAUUGCUCAUAACUUUUGCAAUAUUAAAGAUAGCAACUUGAUAUUUGGCAUGCAUGUGUAUCUCAUAUAGCUGCACAUUUUGAGUGGUGAAAGGUCAAGGUCAUCCUUCAAGGUCAAAGGUCAAAAAACUAAAUCCAAGGGAAGUAAAAAGCUUUAAAGGAAGAUAAUUUCUAUUUUAUAGAAUUUGAAAGGUACAGAUAAUUUUCACAAGGGAAGUAAUAUUUUUUAUAGGGAUAUAAUUAAAAAAAUAUAUUUCAAAGCGGCGCAGUAGGGGGCAUUGUGUUUCUGACAAACACAUCUCUUGUUCUUUUUUGUUCAGUUGACAUGAAGAAAAUGUACAUUUUAAACUGAUAAUUAAUUAAGCACAAUGUACUGAUGUGAGUGUGUCAUAUGGAUUUGUGUUGUAAAAAUGAAAACUGCUAAGACACCAUGUUUGUAGGAAAUAAUCCACACACAAAAAUUGUGUCGGAAAAUAAGCUUCAUUAAAAGGAAUACAUAUAACCAUAUGUUUAUAUUGUUUCUAAUAACAUAUUAAGGUUGUACAAUUGCUUGUCUGUUUAGAAAAGUGCAUAUCUUGCACAACAUUUAUCAUCAGGAUCUUUUUUUGUUGAAUCUCUGAUUUUUCAUACGGUUGGGCAUUUUAGUAUGAAUUUUGUGCAAGCAAGCUGCAAAGUUAAUUGAGAUCCUUUCAAAAAACAGUUUUAUGUUUAAGAAAGAACAUUCUAAAAAUGAUUUGUUGCAAACAUAAUUAAUGUAAUAUUUCUUUUGAAUCUUGUGUCUACCUAGAAAGUUUUGUUUCUGUGUAUUAGAAAAGUAAAGUUAUCAGUGAACAUUUUAACUCCAUGAAAGCAAUGUUGUUCCUGACUAUUUAAAUAUUAAUAAAUAAGGGAUAAAUAAAUUAAAAUCCUCUAGCAAAGAUAAUGAAACUGCUCUUUUGAAUAUAGGCACUCUGUGAAAAGGUGGUUUAAUGCAUGUGCGUAAAGUGUCAUCCCAGAUUAGCCUGUGCAGCAGAGACUUUCUUUAAACAGAAAAUAUCAUUCAAACGGAAAGUGUCUUCCCUGAUUAGCCUGUGCAAAUUGCACAGACUAAUCUGGGACUACACUUUACGCACAUGCAUUAAACCCCCGUUCCACAGAGCACAUCUUAUAGGUUAUUGGGAAAAGUAGACUUGCAUUGAACAGUGUUAAAGCUGUGUGUAUGACAACAUAAAUUAAGACGGUUCAACUUGACAAAGUGAUGUGCAGUGUCCAUUGAAUAGUCAAUUGUAAGGUGAGAAAAGGCUAUGAACAUGCUUUCACAAUGUUUUAACCAUCAAAUAAACCAAAUAUAUUGAA